AUGGCCUCUUCAACGGCUGCAUCUAAGGCAUUCCCGGUCGGACUACCUUCCUCCGAGGAACUAGUGGUGUCGUCGUCGUGGUUCAUUUUGACAUAUGACCGUGAUUCCAUUCAGAAGUGGAUUGAGGAUGGGAAUGCUACAUGUCCUCAAACUGGGAAGAGGAUACAGUCGUUGGCUAUGCUAAUCCAAGACAAUGUACGCAAAGAUAUGAUAUCUAGCUGGUUUGAAAAUCCUUCACUCAACAAUGAGUUCCAACAGGCUGAUUUCCAGGCCACAAUGGAAAUAAACUUAACAGCCGAGACAUUGGAAGGCCAGAGGGAACUUUUCGAGAGAUUGCGUCGCUUAACAAAGGAGAAUCAUGCAUUUCGGAAGCAUUUUGUUGAAUCAGCUGCUGUUCAUGUCCCAACACUAUUCAAUGGCCUCUGCUUAGCUAUUGCUGCCUCUAGAAACGCUAUCUGCAGUGACAAUAUCAAGAGGCUGGUGGCAAACAAGCCUCAUCGUAUUGGAAUUAUUGCUGAAGCAAUGGAUGUUAGGGGUGAUAUAAGGUUUAGGACAGUAGCUGCUAGUGCCAUUAAGACGCUGUCCACUCUCGACUUAUUCAAGGAACAGGUUCUUGAAGCACAUAAGGGUCUUUCUGGGUCCCUACGAGGUGUAAUGGUGUACCUCAAGGGCAUGUUGGAGGUAUGUGAUGUUUUGGCAGUGGAAGAGGCGGUCGGCGCUAUAAUUAAUCUGUGUUCCGUCCCAGGUAACAUGAAACAUGCUCUUAAUUGUGGUACGAUUGGCGUGAUCAUGAAUAAUAUUAAGUACAAGGUGUUUCCGGGUUAUAUGUUGCAAGUUCUAGCAAUGUUUUCGACUAACAAGAUUGUGAUUGAGGAGAUAGUUAGGUGCGAAGCAAUCAGCUUCUUGUUCAAAAUCAUAAAGGGUGACUCUAGUCCGCACAACAGAGAGAAUUGCGUGACUAUCAUGCAUGAGAUCGUCACUCGUACCAACUCCAUGACUGACCAAAUCAGAUGCCAAGAGAAGACUCAUCGUCUGUUGGCUAGCCUUGUUAAGGAAGGCACUCCAUUUGCCCAAACCAAGGCUCGUGACAUCCUUGCGAAGAUAUUCCCUAGGAACAUGAGAGAGAGAAAGCUGAAGGGUGAAUAA